CGGAAGCUGUGAAUCACAAGGUGUUAAAGGACUUUGGUCUCUAGAAAUUGCUGUGUCUUGUGAGAGAUGCUUCUAAACCACAAGUCAGCCAGAAAGACAGAUAUGCACAGCUGUUAGAGGGAACAAGUAUGGAGGCAUUUGGCCUGAGGAGGACCCAGUCCCUGAAGAGUCUUUCUGGGGUUCAGGAGAGGUCAUGGGUCAUGACAACUCCAACUCACUGGAACAGGAAGUCUGUGUCUCAGCUGGUGCAACAUUACCAAAGCUGUGCCGACCCCAGGAGUAUUGAAAAAGUGGAGCCUAAACUCAAGGUGUCAGAGAGCUGUGUGGAUGUUCAGUGGAGGAGGACAGAGGGCAGGGAGAGUGUGGCGCUUUGGGGAUCAGGAAGAAGCUCUAAUCUGUCCAGGAGUCGCUCCAUGGACUCCCUCCCACAGAGAGAAUCCUCAGGCACCAGAGCUCUGUGCGCCCUGUUCGAGUCCAAGGCCACCCUGCAGCAGAGCUUCCUCAGCAGCUCUCAGCUGAACGUGAGGUCUGGUGCUGGCAGCAAAACAGGGAGAGACUGCCCCCUGCAGGACUGGAGGACUUAUAACACUCUGUUAAAGGACUCCACUGCUCAGGGAACCUCCCAGGGGGAAGGACAAAAGGCCAUGAAUGGGCUCCAAGAGUCUUACGACAGAACGUCCAGAUACUCACACGGUGAUAAAAUUAGUUCAUCACUGACUAAGGGGGGCUCUCCAACCAGACUAGCCAGAGACAGGAUAUCUACUUCCUCUUCAGUGAGAGACAGAUCAGCUCUCUAUCUGUCAAGAGCAGCAGCUAUCGACACCACAGGAGGCUCAACACAACCAGGAUUCAUUGGUAUUCCAGCAGCGAGGUCUAAAAAGAUGGCUAACGCAGCCAGGAAAAUCACAGUUUCACAGUCCUCUCAUGAUGAAGAUGACCUGCCUCCCCCACCACCUCCUCCUGUACCACCCAGACCCUUAGACUAUGAAGGACCUCCAGUUUUAAGUAGCCUCCCUGUCCCUCCACCUAGAGAAACCUUCUCCACGUUCUACCAGCAACGACAGAAGAAUGAACUCAAGAGGCUCUUUAAACACAUACACCCAGACCUACGGGCAAGUCUUGAUGAUGCAGUGGAUGAUGAGAUAAUGAAGGCAGUGCAGUCAGAGAGCGCUCAGGCAGCAGACGCAGCUUAUCAGGGGGAAGUGCAGUCCAUGAGGUGGAUUUUUGAGAACUGGACUCUGGACAAUAUUGGGGAUCCUCAUGCAACCAAGAAACUGCUAGAUGAUGAGGAGUUAAAAGGUGGAGACGUCAGAGGCACAUCCUCUGUGUUUGAGCACAUUGACAGCACCCGACAAAUGUCUACUAAAAGACAGACUUCUGUCAAAGGUGAUGUGAGAACAUCCACAUGGUUGUUUGAAACUCAAAACUUAGAUUCUCUAAAUAAAUCAAAAAGAGAAGAAGGUGAACUGGUCGAGGCAGUGCUGAAAGAACCCAUCCAGCAAGGAGAUGUGAGAGGGACUCGGCUGCUUUUUGAGUCUAAAACACUGGGUGACUUGGGACGUUGCAACUCCAUAGAAGACCAUAGCUUCCUGAAACUGAGAUCUGAGGUCCAGGAGCAGAAAGGAGACGUCCAGAAGACUGUGAAACUCUUCCAGGCAGAACCUUGCUGUGCCAUCAGAGACAACAGCGGCAAUAUCCAUGAAAUUAAAUCCAUUUGCAGGGAAGAGAUCAACAGCAACAAUAUCAGUACUGCCCGUUGGCUUUUUGAAACCCAGCCUUUGGACCUGAUUAACAAGGGAACUGAUGGAGUGAAAAUCAUUCGGGGUAUAUCACUGGAAGAGGGCCACAGAGGAGGAGUUGAUCAAAAGAGGUGGAUGUUUGAAACUCAGCCAUUUGACACAAUACAGGAGGUCAUUGGAGUAGACAAGUUUGAAGGAAUGGGGGCUGAAUGCAGAGGAGAGGCAGAUGUUGUCAACAAAAGGAAGUUUUUUGAGAUGCAACCUUUGGCAUCUCCGAAAGGAGAUUCAACAGAAAAGUCCUUGGAAAAAGAAGAAAUAAUUGGAGGGGAUGUAAAGACUUCUCUGUGGCUGUUUGAAACUCAACCAAUGGAGACUCUUGGUGAUACCUAUGAAGUUGGGCAUCUGGAGAAAAUUACCCUUUCAGCCGAUGAACAAGGAGAAGUAAAAGGCAGAAAGCAAAUGUUUGAGAGCUGCAGUAUUAAAAAGAGCACCUCAUUCAAAGAAAAGGAGAUUGAAAAAGGUGAUGUUAAGGGAUUCAAACAUCUCUUUGAAACAAUUCCUUUGAGCAAAAUUGCUCAUUCUGACGAGGAGAUAAUUGAGAAGGAAAAUGCCAUCUCAGCAGGAAACGUACAAGGUAACAAAGCAAUGUUUGAGACGACUCCUUUAUAUGCAAUAAAGGACAGCUCUGGAAACCUCCAUAAGGUCACAACAGUCAGCCGAGAAGAAUUCAUCAAAGGGAAGGUCCAAAACUACAAGUGGAUGUUUGAGACCAAACCUUUAGAUGAGCUUACAGAGGGAAAAGGAAAUGUUGAGGUAAUCAAAGGCAUCACCAGACAGGAGAAUACAAUGGGAGAUGUCAAGAUGGCAAAGUGGCUUUUUGAAACUCAGACAAUAGAUGGGAUCCAUUCCAAGUUCAACAAGACAGAGCAAAAUGCUUCUGUAGAAGAGGAGUCUCGCAAAGGUGAUGUCAAGACUUGUAAAUGGUUAUUUGAGACACAACCAAUGGACAUUUUGUAUGACAAAUCAGAAAAAGUGAAAGAUAAAGAAGCCAUUGACAACACCAAUGUCAAGUCCAUUACUUGGCUGUUUGAAUCACAGCCUCUCGACAGCAUCAAAGAUGGUGAGGAGUACAAUUUGAAGCUCUGCAGCACCAUACAGGAUUAUGUCAAAUCAGAGGUUGGUGUUCAAACAGUCAAACAUCUUUUUGAAACAGAAACCUUGGACAGAAUAAGAAAGGAUGCAAAUUCAGAACAAGACAUGAGAUGUGUCAGCCAGGUCAACUUUCAGUCAGGAGAUGUCUCACGAGUCAAAGAACUUUUUGAAUCCCAGUCCCUUGAUGAAAUUGGAUCUGAAAUGGUGACAACAUCUGAUGAACAGAGCCAAGGUGAACACAUUGAAAAAGGUUCAGUACAUAAAUUUACUUGGAUGUUUGAGAACUGUCCCAUGAACCUGAUCAAUAAGGAAAAUGAUGAUGCAAAAAUUCAGAAAGUGGGCGCUGCUGAGAGUGGUGACAUCCAGAACAAAAAGUUUAUAUUUGAAACCUCCUCACUGGACAAAAUCCAUGACGAACCCCUGCAGCAGAAUUUAGUCUCUGUGGAACAGCCUGUGAGCAAUGUAGAUGUGAAAUCAAGCACCAUGAUGUUUGAGUCCCUGCCACUCUAUGCCAUCAGAGACAAAGAGGGGCAGUUUCAUGAGGUGACAACUGUGAAAAAAGAGGAGGUAAUGAGUGGUGACGUAAGAGGAGCAAGAUGGAUGUUUGAAACAAAACCACUUGAUGCCAUCAAGGCAGAUAAUGAAGUUUAUGUGAUCCGAGCUGUCACCCAAGAAGAUGUUGAAAAAGGAGAUGUUAAAUCAGCCAGAUGGAAGUUUGAGACGCAACCCUUGGACUCCCUUACCAACCGAGAGGAGCCCUCUGUCAGGGUUACUGAAGAGUUUGGAAGCAGUAAUGUGCAGCUCAGUAAACAGAUAUUUGAAUCUGAGCAGUCAUGCAAGAAGUUUGUGCGAAUGGUUAGUGUCACUGAUGUCCAGCAUGGUGAUGUCAGGACCUCUACCUGGCUCUUUGAGAAUCAAACAAUUGACAGUCUGAAAGGGGAACCUGAGGAGAAAGGUCUGGUAAAAACAGUCCAUAGGGAAGAUAGCCAGAAAGGAGAUGUAAAACGCUGCACUUGGCUGUUUGAAUCUCAGCCACUGGACAAGAUCAAGGAGCCUGAAGAUACAUCAAAACAGGGUGUUGAGGAAGAGAUACCAAAAGCUGAUGUGAAGUGCACUACCUGGCUCUUUGAGACCACACCACUAGACAAAAUCACUGCCAGCAGUGUUGCUGACACCUUGUCAUAUCUAUACCAAAUGUCUUUUGUUCACUCAAGUGGAAUCAUCAUAGAAGCAAAUGAGAGUAGAAAUGUUAACAUGGCCAAAUAUCAACUUGAAAGAAAUGAAGGUGUGCAAAUCCAGAAAGAAGAGGUUGUUGGUGGUAACAUCAGGAACAUCAUGUUACAACUCUUACUUAAACCAACCCUAAAGCCGGAAGUUACUCUUCUUAGAGAGGUGGAGAAGGGUAAAAUGAACACCACAGUAGUCGAACUUCCAGUCUACCAGUCAGCCACAACUAUCAACCUUGAGAGGGAUCAGAGGAUACAAAACAUUGUUCAGAUGACUGAUGAAUUGUUUGUUCAAGAUAGGGCUUUGAAAAAAGGAAUCAUAAUGCAAGAGACUGCAGGGGGACAAGCAGAGAUGUCAGUUUAUUCACUCAUCUGCAAUUAUGAAACCAAAAGUGAGAGUCAAGUCAUAGAGAGGGGAGAUGUGAAGUCAGCAAUUGGAAAUCUGUUAGCUACUGCCAGUAGUCAGAGGACUGCAGCAUCAUGUAGAGUGGAUGAGAAUGAAAAGGGAAAUGUGAACUUGUAUAAAAGUUGCAUUGAGAAAGGAGAUCUGCACUACCUGAAGAGUCUUCAUACAGAGUUAUCAGGGGAUGAAGCUGAUGACAGCCUUGUUGCUAAAGAACAGAUUGAAAUAGUUCAGGGGGAUGUGAAAGAAGCAAAGAGAAGUCUAUGCCUGCAGAAAGAUCAGGUACAGCGAAGUAUUUCUGAUGUUUUGCCAGGAGAUGUACAGAAUACCAAAAAAGUUUUUUCAUCAGAGUGCUCUUUCAGUGUUGAAAACUGUGUUCCAAAGGAAGAAAUAAUCCCUGGGGAUGUCUUAUCAGCAAAGCAACAACUUGCAGUAAAGCAACCUGUCAUGGUAGAAAAAGAGGAAAUUGUGGCUGGGGACAUAAAGGCAACAAUGCAGUCAUUAGAACGUGCAAAGCAACAGAGCAUGUGUGUGGAGCGGGAGAUCAUUCAACCUGGAACAAUCUAUGACAUGAAUUUGUCAGCCCAAGCUCCUGAUACAGAAGGAAGCCCAGCACAAAAAGAAGUCAUUAUAUCUGGAGAUGUGAAAGCAGCUAAGAAGUCCCUUGAAAUGGCUAAGCAGCAAAGCAUGCAAGUGGAACGUGAAGUCAUUGUUCCUGGAAAAAUAUACAACCUUAAUGUCUCGGCACAAGAGGAAAGCUCAGCAGUGACGCAGUCGACAUGUUCAUCUUCCUCCAGAUGCCAGCAAAUCAGGACUUAUCCAAAGGUCAGUGAUGCACUGAGAGAUCAGGAAAGCCAUGUUUCCCUUGAGGCUUGUCAACCAAGAGCAGUUGUAGUCAGUAACUGUGCACCAGAAUCACUGCCACCUUUUGUAAGUUAUGAGUGUAAUGGCCAGACAACAGAAGAUGAGACAGAAGAAGUUAUCAGAGGAGAUGUGAAGGCAACUAUUAGGUCUCUGCAGAGUGCAGCGACAGAGCAGAAGCUCCUAGAUAAAGAAGAUAUUGUCAGAGGUAAUGUUCAACUGGCUCUGCAAUCUCUUGAGAAAUCUAGUGUAAAUGUAUCCAAAGGAGACUAUAAAGCUGCAAUGAUAUACAGAAACUCAGGCAGGGUUUGUUCAGGGAGGAGCAAGACUGUUCACAAGCAGUGUGUUGUGGUGUCUAUGCCUCCAUCUGACACAAAAUUAUCUCCUUCAAUUUCAGUAACCUCUGAAGGACAACCAUCAGUUACAACACAGAAUUCAACAACCAACCCUGUAGCAAAUGGAAACUCAAAAUCAUCCAGCUCCGAGAGUGUAACUCCACCUCCAAUCCCUCAAAAGAUUAGAGAGAAACUACAGGAGCCGAAGCCAGCUUUACCACCAAAGCCACAAUGGACAAAAUCAGUAGUUGUGGAGGAACCAAAUAGUUCCCUUGGAAAAAGUGCAGUGAUACCUCCAAAACAAAGCAAACAGCUUCUAGUGCCCUCAACAGAUAAACUACAAGAAAACACAAUCAAUAAAGAAACCUUACAUGAAACAUACAAACAAAGACGUGUUGAUGAAACAGUGCAAAAUUUAAGUCAAACAAAUCAACAUCUACCACAGGCUCAAGAAAUUAAGAAGAAAAAGAAAACAACACCACUUACAGGGGAAAAAUCAGACUGCCAGGUCAUGAACAGCACUGUGGAAACGGAGAGAAAUGUAAUACAGAAAAUUAAUGCAGCUGAAGAGAUUCAGAUGUGUAUGAAAAAUUACUCAGAAGAUGGUAAACAUGAAAUGAGUAUGAGCUUGCAGGCUGCUUUACAGAAUUUUGAAAGAAAGGAAAGUGAGACUCUGGACAGAAGAGUCCCUUUAUUAACCAAAAGGGUAAAAGUAAUAAAUGAUAGUGACAAUAGCUAUACCAACACAGUCUCUACUCAACAAUACAAAUCAAAUUCUGAACCUCCCAAAAAACAACACCAUGAGACUGAAGUGCCAACAGUCAACAGUCAGCUUGAAGAUAAAGUUGUCCUUAGAGAGAAGAAAGUAAAAGAGACAGAGGAUGAGCGGCGGCAGAGACUUUCUGUCCACAAAGAAGAGAUCAUGAAAGGAAAUGUGAAGGCAGCCAUGGAAAUUUUUGAGAAUUUGAGAAAACGUGAGGAACUCAAGGGAAUCCUGUCUCAGGUAGAAGAGAUAGAGGAAGAAACCACCAGCGCUGACGUUAGCUCCUUGAAGACAUUAUACGAGAAUGUCCCUGCUUGGAUGGUUACACCAAGCAGAAAUGCUAAGCAAAGUAAAACACAGGAAAAGAAAGUUGAAGUAGAGACACAGGAUGAUGAUUUAGAAAGCAUCUCUUCGGUUGAGACUGCAUUUGAGGAUCUGGAAAAGGCGAGUAAAGAAAUAAUGAAUCUGAAGGAAGAGACUUUAGCUAAGCUUCUUGACAUUGAAGAAGCAAUUAAAAAGGCUCUGUACUCCGUCUCCAAUCUAAAAUCUGAGGCUGACAUCGCAGGCUUGUCAGGACUAUUUGAUGAAUCUUUAAAAUCUGAGCAAAACCUUCAACCUGCCAACAACAUCAGGAAAAUAAGUAUUGUGUCAAGCAAGGCCAAAUCAGGUCAAACCCAAGAGAUGACUGACGUGAAUCUGCAAACACUUUGUGAUUCAAGUCCCUUCAAGCAAGAAGUGCCCAGACAAGUGCACAAUAAGCCACUCAUCAGACAGUCUUCCCAGUCCUCCCCAUCGUUCAUCUCCAUACACUCAGCUGCUAGGAAGCCUGCGAAACAACCAAAGUCACCCAUGUCAACAUUUAAACCAAAAACAGAGGUUGCAAAUAAUGAUCUGGGACAGGAGUCUCCUGCCGAGUCCUCAAAAAAUGGUCACAGUCCUGCACAACGCAAAGUCAGUGUUCUUGAGGUGAAAACUGUUCCAGAGCAGCCUGCAGGAAUAAUCGGCACAAAGACUGUCAGUGAAACAUAUGAAGAGACUGAUGGCUUCGGCAAUGUAUUUGUUUCCUCCACGACUUCAACAUUUGUAACCAAACAAUCUGACACAAAAUCAUCUGCUCUGUUUGAAGUGGUUGGAAGUCCAACCAGAUAUGAAGUCAUGACAUCCCCAUUAAUGCGGAGAUCUGGUUGCCCUUAUGAAGAUAAAGUGUUCAGCAACGCCAAGGAAGAAGGGACAGUGUUUGUAACAUUUAGCCAACCCAAGGAAAAGCAUUAAAUCAGCCACUUAUCAGACAGUGCAUUUUCCAGUCCUUUAAUUUUAGGAAAACAGUUAUUCCAUUUGUAUUUAUCACAUUAUGUUUUAAUGAAAAUGUUUUGUAACUGAUUAUCUAAAAUGAUUUUAAAAAGUUGACUUUCAAUUGAAAAAAGAAAAAAGUGUCUUAUAGAUUUUAUACUUUAACCACAUGACAAAGUGUUAAGUUUAGCUUAUAGUUGAUAUUGUAUGUUCUAUUGUGUAAAUUGUGAAAUAAAUGACAGUUUAAAAAAUAA